GGAUAAAUUCCAGCGGUACAUCCAAUAACAAGGAAGUAUAGACUAGUUGAUAUGAAAUUAGGUCAUUGACAAGCAGUGCAUUAUCACCAGCACCAUGAGCUGUAACAUGUUUGAUGAAGAUAAGAAAUCUGAAGAAGGAAAUCAUUUGCAUGGAAGCUGUUGGUCAAAAGAAUCCUGCCAGCUGGACAGAAGGAAUUCGUUAGCGGAAACUGAGAAAGUGGAACACACUCUAGUGGCAGGCAGUGAUAGUUUACACAGACAUAAUACAUCCCACUGUGAAAGUAUUUAUGAGUGUGAUGAUUCUUAUCAUGAUGGUCACCCGUAUCUGUUUAGUGAAAUACACGAUGACAGUAGUCAAUCAUAUGAAAUUGAAGAGCUGUGCAGAAGUGAUAAUUCUGUAAGCAGAGAGUCUCAUGUGAGAAGAAAACAAGAUGGAUGUAGUGAAUGUAAAGAGAACUAUGAGAACAGCCAACCAGCAGUACAUAACACUGAAGAACUUAAUAAUUGUGAGACUGGCAAUUGUCUGUCAGAAUCAAAUCAUACUAUAGGAGACGAUUCCUGUGAAUGUAAUGAAUCUUGUGCAGAUAGUCAAAUUGAUGAUGACAAUCAGUCCUACAGGAGUACAUACACAACGGACCUUUCAGAGGAUGAAUCACUGUACUAUAACAGUGAGGCUGAAAAUGAUGAUGGCGAUGAUGAUGACGAUGAUGAUGAUGAUGAGGAGGAGGAAGCAGAUGACAGCACACGUCCUUUGUACAUUAUUGAAUGUAACUCUGAAGAGUUUCUAGAAACUCGUCCUUCUACAGGCUUUGCAACAAUAAUAAGGGCCUUCAGUGUUUGGGCAGAAAUGGAGCAAUUUGAGAAGCCACCGCCACCAGCAGCAAAAGAAGUGAUACAGAGUCUGGAAAAUUUGUCGAUAACAGAAAAAGGCAAGUAA